AUGACAGUCUCUGGAGAUUCCAACCUCACCAACGGCGCCAACAGUGCGGCCAACGGUGUAAAUGCUGCCAGUGGUGCAAAGCCAUCGUGGGAGGAACUCAGCGCGAAGAAGCGCAGCGAGUUGCAAGCCUCUAUACCUAAAGAAUGGCGCAUCCCAGAAAACUUGAUGCCUCCAGAUUCACAAGACGACGUGACAGGUUGGCCUGAGGCGUCUGGAUGGUUCACAGAGGAAGAGCUGGCCAUCACCAGCUUGACUGCUGAAGAGCUCCUCUCCAAGCUGGCGACAGGUGCUUUGAAGUCGCUGGAUGUUACCCAGGCGUUUUGCAAGCGAGCAGCUGCGGCGCAUCAGCUUACAAAUUGUCUAUCCGAAAUCUUCUUCGAUCGCGCCAUCGCCAUGGCCCGCGCUCGAGACGAAUACUUUGCGGAAACAGGCAAGCCGAUGGGCCCUCUACACGGCCUUCCCAUCUCGCUCAAGGACAACAUCAACGUCCAGAACGUUGAUUCUACGGUGGGUAUGGCGGUGCAUGUGGGCGAUCCAGCCAAGGCCGACGCAACGCUGGCCGAAAUUCUGGCCGAGGCUGGCGCCGUCUUCUAUGUCAAGACGAAUGUGCCCACAGCCAUGAUGAUUGCUGAGACGGUCAAUAAUGUAUUCGGACGCACCUUGAACCCGAGAAACAGGCGAACGACGAGCGGUGGCAGCUCUGGAGGAGAGUCUGCGCUCAUUGUCAUGAAGGGCAGCCCCGUUGGUGUUGGAUCAGAUAUUGGCGGCUCACUUAGAAUUCCAGCUGCCUGCACAGGCAUCUUUACACUUCGUCCUUCGUCCGGCCGUUUCCCCGUACGAAACUGCAGAUCCGGUAUGCCAGGCCAAGAAGCUGUCGCCUCUGUCAAUGGCCCAUUGGCCCCUACACUUGAGGGCGUCAAGCUGUAUAGCAAGGCUGUCAUCAACGCCCAACCCUGGCUCCGAGACCCCAAAUGUGUGCCGAUCCCCUGGAGAGAUGCAGAGCUUCCCUCGAAGCUCCGGAUUGGCGUCAUGUGGCACGAUGGCAUGGUACAGCCCACGGCGCCCGUAGCUCGCGCGCUCAAGCACACAGUCUCAAGGCUCAAGGCCGCUGGCCAUGAGAUUGUGGAGUGGGAUCAUGCUGACCAGGCCGAGGGCUACCUGCUGAUGCAGCGCAUGUUUGUGGCUGAUGGCGGCAUGACUAUCAAGUCACAAUUGGAGCCAACUGGUGAGCCCUUGAGGACCGAGAUGGCACCCUAUGGCGUUGCACGAGAACUCAGCACUGCGGAGAUGUGGAAGCUGCACUUGGAGAGGACUGAUUUCCAGAAUCGCCACUUGGAUAGAUGGAACAAGGCCGGUCUUGACGCUCUUUUACUACCCACAAUACCCUUUAACACUGUCAAGAGCGGGACGUUUAAGCACGUGGGAUACACCGGUGUCUACAAUGUGCUUGACUACUCUGCUGUCUCAUUCCCUACCGGCUUGGAUGUAGAUGGAAGCAUCGAUGUACGCCGGGAAGACUACACUCCCCUCAGCGACGAAUGCAAAGACAUUCACGAAACCUACGAUGCUGAUUUGAUGCAUGGGCUGCCCAUCAGCUUACAGCUUGUGGCGCGGCGGCUGGAAGAAGAAAAGGUUCUGGCCAUGACUGGGCGGGUAUUAGAAGCUCUGGCUGCAUAAGAACUAAGAUGGCUUAAUGUAUACAGAGAUGCCGCUGCUUCUGUGUUGUAACAUAUAAAUAAAUAGCAUAAACAUAAAUUUAAACAGCGAAAUAUGUUUU